UUGUGAGUUCAAUGUAUGGAUUUUUCUCAAGAUAAUUUUGAUUAUGCAGGGCCUAAACAAGGAAAAGAAACAUCUUUAUCCUGGGAUUUUAUCAAACACAUAUCUAAUGAUGCCACAUCAAAUCCAAAGGUUUUGUUGACACACAUCCCUCUUUAUCGUCCUGAUGACACCCCUUGUGGUUCACAUCGUUCUUCCUCUGUUAUCAAUCAGAGGAUUUCAUAUGCUGGUACUGAUCAUGGAAUCUCGUAUCAGAACUAUCUAAGCGAGGAAACUUCAAACCAUUUACUGGACCUCAUCAGACCUACACUUGUGUUGUCAGGUCAUGAUCAUGAUCAAUGUACAGUGGUACACUCUACACCUGCUGGAACUGUAACUGAGCACACUGUUGGAACCGUCAGCUGGCAGCAGGGAAACCUGUAUCCAUCAUUCAUGCUGCUGUCUGCAAGAUCAAAUUCAACCAACUCAGAGGAUGCUGUUUCUACUAAUUUAUGUUUUCUUCCAAUGCAAACUCAUAUCUACAUCUGGUAUCUGACUCAGUUUGUCAUAACUCUCAUUUUGAUCAUCAUGUGGCCAACAAAUGGCUUGGGACUUUCUGACAAAUGUAUGAGCUACAUUACAGCAAUGAAAAAUAAUCUAAUGUCCACAUCUAAAGAAAAAGAUGAAGAGGAGAAUUGCGAAUAUGAAAUGGUCUGGGAUGCAGAUGGGUCAAUGCAUCUUGUCAAGAAGGCCAGAACAAGGGUCCCAGCCCCAAAGUCCGAUACAGGGUUUACAGGGAGGAGAAAGGUUGUCUCGAGGCCAACAGCAAAGAAGCAUUUGCAAGAGGCAGAGGCAUCUGUCUCGGUGGACUUGAGCUGGGAGUCAAAGACAGAAGACACUGCAAAAAUGCAACGCCCAAGCAAAUCAAAGGUCAGAACAGUGGUCCAGCGGCUGUUUCGGCUACGGCUGCUUGUGAUUGUUGCUGCGGUGAAUGUCCCGCUUUAUAUGAUGCUGCUUUUCAAGGAUUGGAUCGACCGGUGACCCAACAAGUGGAAAUUGAAAGGGUCACUCUUGCAUGCAUGUUCUUGAGGUGGGGAUGAUUUUAUGGUGGCUUAUGUGUAGAACAGGAUGUAAUAGAAAGCCUUUCUCAUUGUGUCUUGUUUCUAAUCAUUUGCAUGUAGUUUUGCCACGAGGUUGAUUUUCUUUCUUCUGUGACACGCGAAGAAGCUUGAUGGUGAUAUGACAUGAAAUCCACAAAGUUACAUCCCAGGAUUCAGUAUAGGAAGUUAAAUCUAUUCUGAAUAACAGAACAUGACUCGGGCUGAAUAAGAGCACUAUUUCUUGUUUAA